CCUGUUGUUAGUUUAGUCCAUGACGUAUAUGUGUGCUUUCACGCGUAAAGUCAAUGAGUUUCAGUACACAUUAAAUAUUUGUCCAAUAGUGCCUAAAAGCGGAUAGUACACAUAUACAAUAGCAAAAUUUUAGUAAAAAAUUAAACUUCGAACGACGUCAAAAAGGAAAAAACGAAGUAACAGAACAGAGUGAAAAAGAAAAUUGAUGUGUAAGAGGUGUUUUUUUUUAGAAUUUUCGAAGGACCUGUAAAAAUACACUUGUUAAAUAAAAUUGGUGAUGUAGCAUGAGAUAUCGUGCAGUGUAAAGUGCACAAUUAUCGAGACGGAUCUCUGUUGUUCUUCAUAUUGCCAUCGUUAAAAAAGUCGUACGCGAUCCUCCAGGACGCGUUGUCGAUUAUUGUUAAAGUGGAAGCUUUAGAAAAUGGCCGACAGUUGGACACAGAGCGUUGUUUGCCGAUACUUCAAAAAUGGGAUGUGCCGUGAAGGAAAUAAUUGUAGAUACCGUCAUACUCAAGGAGUUUGGAAUGAUGGAAAUAAUGAAACAAUAAUAUCUUCUUCUGCUCCAUCUAUGAACAAUAUUUGUCGCUUUUUUAAACACGGUAUCUGUAAAUUUGGAAAUCAUUGCUAUUUUCGCCAUACUACUGAAAGUCUUGAUAAUAAUGUGGUAAAUGCAAAUUCGGUAGAAAAUUCAUCAGCUGGACAACACACUUCAAAUAUUUCAACUUCGACAACAAUAAAGAUUGCUAAAGACAAUAUUCGUAAUGCUGAAGAAUGGGUAAAAGCACCAGAAUUUGUACCUUCACACGUGGCUGGAUCAUCUUCUACGAAUGAAGCUUCUACAACCUCAGGAACAUCUACAAAUUCUUCAAUGUCAAUAUCUUAUGCUCAAGCUGUAAAUUCAUCUGAUCAAGCAUCCAGUCCAUCUUCAGAACCUUUAUGUCCAUAUGCAGAAGCAACUGGAAUUUGCAAAAAACGUAAUUGUACAUAUCUACAUGGAGAUAUUUGUGAAUUGUGUAAUCGUGCUGCACUUCAUCCGUACAACGAAGAACUUAGAAAGAAACAUACAAAUGCAUGUGUCAAACAACAUGAAGUGGACAUGGAGCUUUCAUUUGCUAUUCAACGUAGCAGAGAAAAAUCUUGCGGUGUUUGCUUUGAAGUUAUAAUGGAAAAAGCAUCUGGAGAACAGAGAUUUGGCAUUUUACCAAAUUGUAAUCACUGUUUUUGUCUAAGUUGUAUUAGGAAAUGGAGACAAGCUAAACAGUUUGACAAUAAAAUUAUUAGAGCUUGUCCAGAAUGUCGUGCCACCUCUGACUUUGUAUGCCCAAGUAUGUACUGGGUAGAUACUAAAGAAGAAAAAGAAAAACUGAUAACAGACUACAAAUGUGCGUUAAGCACUAAGGAUUGUAAGUACUUCAAUAAAGGACAAGGAAAAUGUCCAUUUGGCAAUAAGUGUUUUUACCUACAUGCACUACCUGAUGGCACUAAAACAGAUGUUGGCCCUCCUGUUCGUCAACGACGCAACGCAGAUGCAGAUGUCGAUAUUUUGCGUCAAAUAAUUUUGUGGGACUUUUUUGAAGAGAGGGAUAACCGUUGGAUAUAUGAUGUAGACCUUGAAGAUAUUAUUUCCCUUUUUUCAGGCUCAGAAGAGUCUGAUUGGUCUGAAUAUGAAUUUCAGCCUGAGUAGUUGUAUUAAUUCAGUAAUCUGCUACUGUUGCUGUUAACUGUACCAUCUAUCUCAUCCACCACUUGUAUGUGGUUUCAAUGGCUGAAUAGACAAGUAGUUUAUGAAUUGUUUGAAUGGUUAUGAUUUAAAGAUAUCUCAGCUACGUUAAUAAAAAAUUUGUGUGCUUUGCUUGAUGAUAUUUACGUGAGAAAUAUGUAAAUAAUAUCAAGUUAAUAAUAAUAACAAAAAUAAUAACGAGGAGGUUGCAGUCGCAUGUACAAUGGCAAGUUUUUAAAUGUUACAUAGCCACUUUGUAAUCGCUUCUGUUUGUGUACCUUGACCAAUAUUGUUACAUUAGUACUCAAUCAUAAGAAAUAUGCAUCAAGUCUAUUACAUCAGUGGUCCAAAUUAAUUCGAUUUAUAUAGAAUACACAUUAAUAGAAUAAUCGUUUGGUAGUUUGAAAAUAACAGGUUUUGUUUUUAUUCUUUUUAAUUUGUCUUGAAUAAAGUCCUUUUUUACGUAAAGAGGUAAAUAUACAUAUAUGCAAAAAUAAGUUUAUACAUUUAAAAACGUUUUUAUUAAGAAAUCAAUUUUCCUUACUUUUUUAAGCAAAAUUGUCCAAGAUUUUAAAUGAAAUUGUUUUCGUAAAUAUUAUUAUAUUCUCAUUAUUAACCCUUGGCUCGAAACUUAAUGUUUGCUUAAAGACAAGUUCAAUAAAAUAAAAACAUACAAACUUACUUUUUGUAUAACAUAUCUUUAGUAGUUUAGAAUUAUUUUUAAUUUUGGUUGGGUACUUAUUCUGCCAAAAAAUCUGGACUUGAUUACAUUUAUUUGUCAUCCAAUUUGAGGAAUAAAGAAUUUAUAGAAUAUGGAAUUUUGGUUUAUAUAAAUGAGAUGGUAAACUAUAUAGAUUAUAAAGAUUAGUAUUAGUACUCUCUAUUUGAUUAAUGAUUAUUCAUAUUGAACAUUCAAUUAAUAAGUUUCGUCCUACCUCCUAUUAUGGCUUUGCGAACAUUUAACAAAUUUCCUUAAAUUAUCGUGAACUGUAUAGCGUUAGUUUCUAAUUCAUAGUUUUAAGACCGUGAUAAAUUGCGCAAAUCGAGUGUUCCAUGUAAUAAGUGUAUGUCUGGGCGAUAGUAUGAAAAUCUGGUUGAAUGUGUGUACUGCUAAAUGUAAUAAAAGGAAACCAUUUUUAGCGAGUAUGCACGAAUUCCAGAUUUAAAAAAAAUAACAAAUAAAAAUUAUUUUAUAAACGACAAUUGAAUUCAAAGCUGUCUAUUUGGAAUCUUUAUUUUAUCUUUGUAUUUUAGACACUUUUCAAAAAAUUAAAUUUUUAAAAAUUAAUAAUUAUUUAAAAGGAUACAUUAUUCAUACUAAUGAAUGAAAGCAAUUAGAGCUUUAUAAACAGAAAUGAAAGCCAAAGAAUAUGGUAUCAAUCUUUUUUUUGAUAGAACUAUUUUAUAAAAAUGAUCUUUUAAUCUGUUUAAAGAAUUGCUUCUGUAUAAGCAUUAGGUGAUUGAAUUGUCUCGAGAUAUUUUGCGCAUAUAAAUUCCAGCUAUUAUUACAUAUAGUUAUAGGAUGCACUUUUCUUCAUCAAAACUAUCUGUCCUCAGUGUUGCCUUUAAAGAACAAGAUAGCUAAUAUUAUUCGAAGUUUUCUCAGACAAUCUUUCCAUGAUAAAAUAUGCAAGUUGUUUAUAUUUUCUAUAGAAUUUCUACAUUGUUAAUUUUAUAGUGAAUUGUUGUAAUUAAAAGUUUAUUGUUAUUGCUAACGCUGCUUAUAAAAAUAAACGGAACGUUUUGUA